AUGGACCUCUCCCUCACCGUCCACCACCAUGGCUCCCCGCAUACCUUCACCCUCCCCCCAGACGCAACGCUGCAGGAUCUAUCGCGCGAAAUCGCCUCGACGCUGCACAUCCCACCGACAAACCAGAAGCUCCUGAUCGCCCCGAAACCAGGCAUGCAGAAACCACCGUUCGCGGCGACCCGCCUCGACACGCUCAUCCCGCUGUCGCACCCGCGCCUCAAAAUCACCCUCCUCGGCACCGCAUCCGCGGACAUCGACUCGCUGCACGCGCAAGAAGCCGACACCCGGCGGCGCGCUGAAGCACGCUCCUCGGCCCUCGCCGCGGCGGCGGCAUCAUCCAACAAACCACGCCGCACGGCCCCCACGGGCAUCCACACGCUCUCCUCCACCGCCUCCAACAACAACUACACCUUCCACCGGCUCGUGCCGCUGUCCUACCUGCCGCGGCCGGAGCGCUCGCUCGCGUUCCUGACCCGCCUCCGCGACGACCCGGGCAUCCGUGCAGCCAUGGCCAAGCACCGGUUCGCCGUGCCGCUGCUGACGGAGAUGGACCCGGCGCUGCACACGACCAUGGAGUCGCGCACGCUCGGCCUCAACCGCAACAAGGGCGAGGCCAUCGAGCUGCGCCUGCGCACCGACGCCUACGACGGCUACCGCGACUACCGCACCAUCCGCAAGACGCUGUGCCACGAGCUGGCCCACUGCGUGUUCAGCGAGCAUGACCGCGAUUUCUGGGACUUGACCGCCCAGAUCGAGAGGGAGGUCGAGCGCGCGGACUGGAAGCAUGGCGGGCAGAGGCUGUCGGAUCAGGAGUUUUAUAACCCCGGCGACUGGGAGAGGGCCCAAGAGGCCGGUGGGGAGCUCGUCGAUGAGCGCGGCUGGACUGGGGGCGAGUUUGUGCUGGGCGGGUUGCGGUCUGGGGAUGGCACGGAGAGUCGGAGGGAGGUGUUGGCUCGCGCGGCGGAGGAGAGGUUGCGCCGGGAGAGGGAGCAGGAGCAGGGGAAGCAGGAGUAG